AUUAUUUUGAAUCAUAUCUAAUGUUUAUGCAAUAACAUGUUUUUUCAGUACUUACGCAACAUGCAGGUGUACCAUAUUUGAUGUGUGGUCGUAUGACUUUCAAUUAAUGAAUUUAUUCCCGUAUAAUAUUUUUACCUUUUUUUUCGCGGCUUAGUUAUUGUACAUUGGUGCAUUCUAAUGUAAGGUCGAGAUUUAGCCGUGCUUCUUUACCUUUACUUAUUUAGAUACCAUAUUAGCAGACAAUAUGAACGGAUUAUGAGUAUUAAUGUUUAUCAAAUGAUAAUCCCAACCAAAAAAAAAAAAAAAAAAAAAAAAAAAAAAAGCAAAGCAGCCAAGUCAAAAUCAACUGCUACAAAUUUAUUUAAAGUAAACAUCAGAAUUGGUGAUGGAGAAGGCCGGCGAGCACCCGGGAUCGAACCCGAAACCAGAAGAAAUUGAGAUUCCAACUUUGUUUACUGUUAUAUCAUCUAAGGAAAUUCAAGGAUUUGAUACUAUUGAAGGCAUUGAUAAGAUUACAACAGAUCAACAAAAUAUUGUCAGAGAAAGUGAAGUAAUAAUUGGGCAAAAUAUGAAUGAAGCAGAAAGAAUUCAUUCUGUUUCAAUAAGUAUGCCAGCAACACCAGUAGGAAGUCGUUCACAAACACCAAAGAAGGUUUAUUUUAAUGAUCAACCUCAAGAAGUUUCAUCCAAAGUUGUUCCACAUGGUUCGCCUUCCACUGAACCAAAUACUGAGGCCAAAUUUUAUUCGCAACCAAUGCCAAGAGCGGCAACUUAUGCGGAGGGUGCGAGGUCAAGUGCGAGUGCUUCUCAGUAUUCCGGCCCCAUGCCAAGGAAUCCUCAUGUCGAACGUCUUAAGGAUGUGAGGUUUGAUUCUUUUAAGACAUGGUCAGGGAAACUCGAGAGGUCGUUAUCGCAACUUAGAGGCAAACCGGUUGAGCCUCAGCAGGAACGUAAGCCUCGUGAUCAUGCAGACGGCGAGGCUAUGCCUGUGGAUCGGUAUUUUGAUGCCUUAGAAGGGCCCGAGUUGGAUACUCUUCGGCCAUCAGAGGAGUUGAUGCUCCCGGAUGACAAGACGUGGCCAUUUCUUCUUAGAUUUCCUAUUGCAUCAUUUGGUAUAUGUCUUGGUGUGAGUAGCCAAGCCAUAUUGUGGAAAACCAUUGCGAAUUCGUCUUCCACAAGUUUCCUCAAAGUUAGCCCUUUGGUAAACUUGAUACUCUGGACAAUCUCCAUUGCAUUGGUAGUAAUUGUUGCCAUUAUCUAUGGAUUGAAGUUGAUCUUCUACUUCGAGGCUGUUCGUCGUGAGUAUUACCAUCCAAUCAGGGUGAAUUUCUUCUUUGCUCCGUUCAUAUCGCUCCUUUUCCUAGCCCUUGGUUGCCCUGCAUCGGUGACUAAAGACCUUCAUCAAUCACUAUGGUAUGUGCUAAUGUUCCCAUUUUUGUGCCUCGAGCUUAAGAUCUACGGCCAGUGGAUGUCCGGGGGGCAACGAAGGCUCUCCAAAGUGGCUAACCCUGUGAACCACUUAUCUGUUGUUGGCAACUUUGUUGGUGCAUUGUUGGGUGCAUCUAUGGGUCUUAAGGAAGGACCUAUCUUCUUCUUCGCCGUUGGCAUGGCUCACUACACCGUCUUGUUUGUGACUCUCUACCAACGUCUUCCUACUAAUAAGACACUUCCUAAGGAGCUCCACCCUGUGUUUUUCCUCUUUGUUGCAGCACCUAGUGUUGCAUCCAUGGCUUGGGCUAAGAUCCAAGGCUCUUUUGAUUAUGGAUCGCGAAUUGCUUACUUUAUUGCCCUCUUCCUAUACUUCUCAUUGGCUGUUCGGAUCAAUUUCUUCCGAGGAUUUACAUUCUCAUUGGCGUGGUGGGCUUACACAUUUCCUAUGACCGGAGCAGCUAUUGCUACCUUAAAGUACUCUAAUGAAGUAACAAAUUGGGUAACACGGACCUUGGCCUUGAUCCUAACCGCGAUAUCUACACUUGUAGUCACAUCCUUACUUGUGUCUACUCUCCUCCACGCCUUUGUGUUCCGGAACCUGUUCCCUAAUGACAUUGCUAUUGCCAUCAGUGACAGGCCAGUUAAGGCAUCGCGUAAGAGGUGGUUUCCACACUUGAGACAUGGUAGCUCAGACACUAAAGACAUUGAACAGUACCUAAAGUUUGUCAAUGCUGAAGGGAAUAAUGACUUGGAAGCUUCUGUUGAACCUCCUAAAAGCAAUGAAAAGGAAAAUGUUGAAGUCUAGAAAUAUUCUUGCAAUAUGUUUCGGUCAGUCAAAUGAUGAAGAGCAAGGGACUAAACACGUUGUUAAAUCGGAUUAAGCUUCAUCACUCAGCAACAGAGCCAAUGAAUUCUCUUAACACUGCCAAGUAUUGAGACAGAGGCUUAAUAAUAUGUGCUACUAAUAUAUGAGUUGAUCUUGUUAAUUAAGUAUAUAAAUAAUUUUCGGUUUGUACAUUGUGUACAAAGAGUUAGAGGAUUAUGAAGAGAGGUGAGGAUAAGAGAAGGAUCUUGAAGCUAUUUUAUUACUUAGAAGGAAGGUGUCUUUCCUCCAGGUUGUAGUGAAAAACUUUACAUAAUAGUAUGAACAAAAUCUUCAAACAAAUGUAGAGCCUUUUUUUUUUUUUUUUUUUUUUUU